AUGGUGGCUGAAGUCGACCCCAGCACCCUCGGCGCCCUUGAGGCCUCCCUGCUCAACACUUCGGGCAACGUACCACUCCACAACAGGUUCCGGGCCUUGUUCACCCUCAAGGCGCUCAAAAACGAUGAUGCGGUGAAUAUCAUCGCAAAGGGCAAGUGUUUCGCGGACGAGAGUGCAUUGCUCAAACACGAGCUUGCAUAUUGCCUUGGACAGAUGAAAAACACGUCGGCGCUCCCCGUCCUCGAAUCCGUCCUCGCCAACGAGAAGGAGGAUCCGAUGGUCCGGCACGAGGCCGCUGAGGCUCUUGGUGCCAUUUCCGCGACAUCCUCAAAAGACCUACUCCGGCGUUACCUAAAGGACCCCGAGCAAUGCGUGCGCGAGACGUGCGAGAUCGCACUGGCCAAGAUCGACUGGGACCACUCGGAGGAGGGGCAGAAGCACUGGUCUACAACAGCCAAGUCUGCUGAGCAGGCGUAUACCUCGAUCGACCCUGCUCCCCCUACUUCUGGUCUCCUUGCCGGCAAGGCCGCGCCCCAGGACGCGUCUGAGGAAAACAUCGCGAAGCUUCGGAAUACCCUCAACGACAGGAAUCUUCCUCUAUUCGAGCGGUACCGCGCAAUGUUCGCGCUCCGGAAUAUCGGCACCCCUGCUGCAGUCGACGCGCUCGCGUCCGGCUUCGGCGAUGACAGUGCUUUAUUCAAGCACGAGAUCGCAUUCGUGUUCGGCCAGCUCCUCUCCACCCACUCCGUUCCCGCUCUACUCAAAGUGCUUGAGAAUACCCACGAAUCCGACAUGGUCCGACAUGAGGCCGCAGAGGCCCUUGGUGGCAUCGCGACACCCGAGGUCCUUCCUCACCUCAAGGAGUGGAUGCAACGACCAGACGCGCCUCGUGUCGUGCGGGAAAGUUGUCAGGUCGCGAUAGACAUGUGGGAGUACGAAAACUCCGGGGAGUUCCAGUACGCCAACGGUCUCGAUGCCACGGCUGCUGACAAGACGAUUGCAGUGUGAUCGGAUCUGGAUGGCAGCGUAUUCUUGUGACUUGGUUAUCCUUAUGGCCUGGCUGCUGUAUUCAUUAGAGGAAGUCGAUUUGCAAUUGUUGCAUCUUUUGUGUUUUACUCAAUCUCGGGUCGGCAG